UAGGUCACUGCAGUUCAUGUGGUGUUAAGUCUGUGAAAUGCAUGUCAUGCUGCUGUGUUGCUGUGCCCUGGUCUUGCUUAUGCCCGGUCCAGGCUUUACAGCACCUACACUUGUACCGGAGAACGAGAGAACUCCUUCACCAGAACCACAGGUUGACUUGAUGCUGGCCACAGACUAUCUUGAGCGGUACUACAACUUGCAGAAAGAUUCUUUGGAGCGCAUGAAGCGCAGCGAGCCCCCUUUCACCUUCAAAGUGAAAGAAAUGCAGCUCUUCUUUGGGCUCAAUGCAACAGGCACCUUAGAUGAUGAGACUCUGGAGGUGAUGAAGAGCCCCCGAUGUGGCGUUCCUGAUGUUGAGGAGUACCAUCACAUCCAGGGAACACGCUGGAACAAGAAUGUCAUCACAUAUAGCAUCGGCAAAUACACCAGAGAUUUGCCCCGCAACACCGUGGACUCAUUGAUCGAGGCGGCCUUUGGUGUCUGGGCCAGAGCCAGCAGCCUGACGUUUGUCAGGACACAUACCCGGAACGCUGACAUCAUGGUGGAGUUUGUCACCUAUGCACACGGCGACUUGUUUCCAUUCGAUGGCCCCAGAGGAACGUUGGCUCAUGCGUUUGCUCCAGGGCUGGGAACUGGAGGGGACACACACUUCGACGAUGAUGAGCACUGGACAGCAGGAGAUUCGGGUUUUAAUCUGUUUCUUGUAGCUGCUCAUGAGUUUGGCCAUGCUUUGGGCCUAAAGCACUCCAACAACCCAGAGUCGCUGAUGUAUCCGACCUACAAAACCUUCCUUCCUGCCAACCUGCUAUCAGCAGAAGACGUAGCCAGUAUCAAGGCACUUUAUAGUAAUAUGUUUUUAAGUCGUCACAUGGCGUCUGUACCACUGUUCCCCAGAUUCAUGCAGGACAGAUGCGCUGCAGACCUGACCUUUGAUGCAGUGUCAACUGUCGGGGACGCCACCUUCUUUUUCAGAGACAGAUAUCUUUGGAUUAAGCACAAUAAGCAGUCUGACAUCAAAGAGGGACCCAUCACAAACUUCAUGCCCAAGAUUGAAACCAGUAUCGAUGCGGCCUUCUGGGUGCCUCGCAGAUCUACCGCCUACCUUAUCCACGAAUCCAUGUUCUGGACUGUGAAAGGCUCCAUUGUGAAGGGGAAACCCAGAGCUCUCACCCACUUUGGAUUUCCAGUUUGGAUUCAAGAUGUUGACGCAGCAGUACACAUCGUCAAAAGGGGACGCACACUUUUCUUCAUGCAUGAUAUUUACUGGAGUUUUAACGAGAACCGAAAGGUUAUGGAUUUUGGUUAUCCAAAGUACAUCAGCGAAGACUUUCCUGGGAUCAACAGCACGAUAAAUGCAGCUUUCUAUAAAGGGGGUGAGCACAUAUUAUCUACUUCAAAGUAUGUCUGCAACGACUAUCUGAGGAGGUUCUACGGUCCGAGCCUCAGAAGCAGGAACCACAGAGGUCCGACUGGGCGGAUCAGGUCGGCCAUGGAGGACAAGCUCAGGAUAAUGCAAAACGUCUUUGGUCUGAGAGAAACAGGAGUCCUGGACUCAGACACCCUGGAUGUGAUGAGGGAGCCGAGGUGUGGCGUGCCAGAUGUGGACAACUAUAGCUUUUACCCCUACAGGCCAAAAUGGAAGAACCACACCAUCACUUACAUGAUUGCGAAAUAUACUCCAGACAUGAGGAGAGAGGAAAUGGGAAAGUCAUUUGAUUCAGCCUUGAACAAUGUGGAGCAAAGCAGCCCCCUUAGGUUCAUCAAAGUCGACCACGGCAAAGCUGAUAUAGUUCUCUCCUUUGCCCGUGGAGCUCACGGAGAUUUCUCUCCCUUUGACGGACACCGGGGUGCUCAUUCCUUUUAGCCAGGCGAGGGAAUGGGGGGAGAUGUGCACUUUGAUGAGGAUGAGACAUGGACAGCAGGGAGGCAAGGUUAAAGCUUGCUUGCCAUCGCAGCUCAUGAGCUUGGCCACUCUCUGGGUCUGACUCACUCCAGAGACCCUGCUGCCAUCAUGUACCCCAGUUACAGGUAUCAAAGCAGCACACAGCCAACCCUGGCCACAGAUGAUGUGCUCGGCAUCCAAAUGCUGUAUGGGAAGCCCAGCACAAACGUGGAAACAGAAUCGACCGCUCCCAAAAAAUGCAACCCCAACUUUUCUUUUGAUGCGGCUGCAAUGAUCACGAAUGAUGUGGUUUUCUUUAAUAACAGGUACAUGUGGAUGAGAACAACAAAGACGACUUAUUGGAAUCGCCUGAGCGAGAGCCACAUCAGCACAUUUCUGCCAGACAUCACUGCUCGUGUUGAUGCUGCUUAUGACAUCCCUGCCAAAGGCGUGGCGUACAUAUUCACUGGUCUUAAGUACUGGGUGGUGCGACAGCUUAAGACAAGAAUCAAAGCUAAACCCAUCCAUGAGUACGGCUUCCCCUCCAGAGUCAAGCAGGUUGAUGCUGCUGUUCAUGUUGAUGGGAAAACAAUGUUCUUCGUAGGAGAGUUUUAUUACAGGUAUGAUGAGCACAGGAAACAGAUGGACCCUGGUUUCCCAAGACUCAUCCAAAAGGACUGGAAUGAAAUCCCAAGCAAGAUCGAUGCUGCGUUUAAGUGGCAUGGUAGCAUCUUCUUCCUGAGUGGUACAAAGUCCUACCAAUAUGACUUCAGACAAAAGCGUGUGUUGAAAAUAAUUUCAGGAAAUUCUUGGCUGGGAUGCUGA